CCCCUCUGAGGAGUUUUCAGUCGCUACACUCUUUCGGGUACCGCCCGAACGCCUAGCGUUUGGGCGAGCUCUUGGGGAGGGCUGAUCUCCACGAAAAACAAGCUGGGUAAAGGGGCGAAGCCACAGAAACCUGUUCUCAGCCCCUGGGAGAAGCGGGGAGUUGGGACCCUCUAGCUCUGGACUUCGGGCUGGCUCCCGGACCUGCUUUAAGCGCAGGAAUAUCCGGGCACCGAAUAGUCUACCCCUGAAAGCGCGCUGGAGCAGUGUCCGCGCCCUUGCCGCACGGAUCCCGGAGAGGCUUCACCAAGUAGAGGAUUCGGGUACCCCCAGCCCUGGCGCCCAGCUCGUUGGUACGGUGACAGGUGACAAAGAUGAUCUGGGCUGCUCCUAUCUCUGGCAGGAAUAGGUGGGGCGUGAAGGAGAGCGAGGUUUGGCCGCCGCGGGAGGGCAGGAACUUCUUUGGCGUGGUCCAGCGCCCUCGGAGCGCGCUGCCUUCCCCCCGGCAGGGCCUGGCGCGGGCGAGUCCGGGUGUGGGUGGCUCCCCGAGCCGAUCUCGCGCGGCAGCGGUCCUAGCCCCCUCCCCCCUCCCGCGCCAACGGGGGUGGGAAGCGGCGGGGUGGGAGUCACCGAACGUGAUUGCCCGAAGCCCCUCCUGCCGGGGCGAGGGAACGCCAUAAAAGGCCCGUUGCGACCUGCUCCGGACACCCCAUCCGCCGGCUCUCACCCCUCGGAGAGGCGAGCCGGACUGCACAGCACUCGCGGCCCAGUCACGCCCGCUCGCCAGCCCGCCAGCCACCAUGCUGGGUAGCAACCGACUGGGGCUGUCCGGACUGACCCUCGCCCUGUCCCUGCUCGUGUGCCUGGGAGCUCUGGCCGAGGCGUACCCCUCCAAGCCCGACAACCCCGGAGAGGACGCGCCGGCGGAGGACUUGGCCAGAUACUACUCGGCGCUGCGACACUACAUCAAUCUCAUCACCAGGCAAAGAUAUGGAAAACGAUCUAGCCCUGAGACACUGAUUUCAGACCUCUUGAUGAGAGAAAGCACGGAAAACGUUCCCAGAACUAGUGCCCUUAUGAAAGGAACCAAAGAGGUCCCUCAUCCCUUUCAUCAUAUGAGGACAUAGCAGGACGAUGCUGGCUAUGAACCAGGAAGCAAGCUCUCACCAGACAACAAAUCUGCUGGUGCUUGAUCUUGGGCUUUCCAACCUCCAGAACUGUGAGCAAUAAAUCUGUGUGGUUUUUAAGCCACUCAGUCUAUGGUAAUUUGUGAUAGCAGCCCGAGUGGACUAAGACAUCCCUGAGAAACAGAAAUUCACUUUAAGAAAUAACAAUAAUGGUAUAAAAAAAAAAUCGCACAACUACAUUCCAAGAGAUUCCCUAGUAGUACUUCUGAAACAUUUUCAGCCUGAUAACCCUUCUUGGAAUGAGUUUAAAGGCACCAUACCACCCAUAUAUCAUUGCAAAUAAUAAUCAUAAUCCUUGCGAGAGUUACAGUAAGAAUAAUUCAACCUUCAUUCAUGAAAUGCCUGUGAGCAACAUAGUCAUUAUCAAGUAAAUGUAUGAGAAUUUAUGAAGCUCUCCUCUGAUCCUAGCUUUAUUCAACAUUCUAAGAGGUAUAAAUUGUGUAUGUGUUUUUGUA